ACACCACCAAACUACCACUAUUUUGUUGAGACAAUUACAUAUUGACAAAGUUUUAGUCCUUGAACGCUAACAAUUCUCAAUAACUUUGAACAACCAUAACUUUGUUCUCCAAAAUCCGAACGUCAUGAAUUUUUUUUCAUUUCGCAUAACUUUUGAAGGACUACAAUUUUUAUCAGGAAGAAAUUUUCAAAACAUGAAUUAUUAUUGGAUAUAUAGGAUUUUGGAAAUAACAUUACCUUCCCUUUUCACAAAUUCACGUACAUUAUGAAAUUAUGUCUAUGAUAAAAGUUGUAGUUCUUAAAAAGUUAUGCGAAAUAAAAAAAAUCAUAACGUUCGGAUUUUGAAGCAUAAAGUCAUGGUUGUUUAAAGUUAUUGAGGAUUUUUAGCGUUCAAUGAGCAAAAGUUUGUCAAUAUAUUAUUGUUUUAAGAGAAGAGUUGUAGUUGAGUGGUGUAGUGUUGUGUCAAAUUUAAUGAACUAUUUAUUAUUUUGGUUCGAACCACCACUCCCACAACUUGUGACUUUUUUAAUCUCUACUAAAUAAAAAAAAUUCAAAUGAGAUGGUGGGGAUUCAAACCCAGGACUUCUUGCACACAAUAAACAACUAAACUACUUGUGCCAAGACCACUUAUGAUAUUUAUUCGAAAAAGAAAUAUAUAUAUCAUAACAGCCGGGUGGGGGUGCGGUUUACAACCAAACUGCCCCGGCCCAUGCGGUCAGCAAAUCCGCCCCCUACUCGUACAGUUUUCAUCUAAACCGCUUGUUCGGGUGGCAAUUUUUGAGAAAGGAUGCUAUUUUUGGAAUUUUUCAAGGUUGGGUACUAUUUUUGGAUUAUUUUUUUUUUAACAAUGCUAUUUCUGGAAUAAUACCCAAUUUGUAGGGUGACUAGGUGAGCCUACAACCUGUCCACGUGUUUUCUCUUCAUUUGCUAUCUUUUUAUUUUUUGCAUUCUUAAAUCCUACAACAAUAAUAAGCUUUAGUUUUCAUCUAAACCGCUUGUUCGGGUGGCGAUUUUUGGGAAAGGAUGCUAUUUUUGGAAUUUUUCAGCGUUGGGUGCUAUUUUUGGAUUUUUUUUUUGAACAGUGCUAUUUCUGGAAUAAUCCCCAAUUUGCAGGGUGACUAUGUGAGCCUACAACCUGUCCACGUGUGAUAGGGUAUCUUAGUAAUUCCUAGGGCAAAACUCUAAAUAAAGCCCUAGCUAAUAGCAUAAGGAAGAGAAGAAGACAAGAAGACAAAAGAGCAAAAGACAAGACCAAGAGACAAGGGACAAGGUCAGGCAACUGACAUCAGCAAAAGCAAGGUGCAGGGGGACACCCUCUGUCAAAAAGUACAAAUGUACAGUGUCAGAGUCUGAGGCGCCCAACCACAGCAUUUAUGGCUUGGCAGGCGCCCAGACAACUAUCUAACCCCUAGAUGUGUAUAAAUAGGAGUUCUCUCCUCAUAAAUGGCAAUCUAUCUACUCUUACUCUUAACUUCUUUCUACUUUCUCUCUCUAUAUACUUCUCUUCUUCUUACUUCUGUCGAGGCGGGGCGCCUACCUCCUCAGAGUCAUGUCUGACGCCCCAAACCCCUUGGACCCGAGUGACACCCAGUCGCCCGGGCUCAAACAAUUGGCGCCCACCGUGGGGCCAAACAUGACUUUGAAAGACGCUUCCAACUCAAAGAAGGGGGAAGAAGGGAGUCCGGCGCCAACGAAGACCCCUCUCAAGCAAGUUGUUGGUCGGGAAGCAAUCAAUCCUCAACCACUCACCAUCCAAGGUUUGGAAGCAUCCGAUGACGACGAUCCAUCAGGAGACGGAGAAGACACGGAGCGCCUGGGGGGCCAACUAGAGAAGCUUCGGGAGAAGCAAGCACACCAAAUGGCGAGUAUGCAAGGCCAACUAGACCAAGUCAUGAUCGCGUUGUCAGCACUAACAAAGGCAAACGAUCACGCGCCUCCCAAUCCCCAAGAAGCCACAGAAGAGAGGAGGCGCCUCAAAGGAAAGAUGCAAGAGGUUAAGGUGCUUCCCAUGAACUCCCCACGGGAGGGAGUGGGCGCCUCACCAAAUGAGGAAGCAAUUGAAGCUGACGACGAUGUCUACCUAGAGAAGUACACCCGACUCAACUAUGGCGCCUCGGAAGAAAGAGGUGUCCAAAUUAUUAGGCAGCCGUUGUCAAAACAAGUGCCUAGACCCGCUUCCUCCGUCGAGGAGAAGCCUAAGCGUGUCACCUCCUUCUCAGGGGUACACGUAAGGAAAUAUUACCCGCGACCAGUGGAAGAGCCCUAGCGCUUACGCUCGGAUCUUCAUCCGAGUGACGGGCGCUCGUUUUACGAGUCCCCAUGAGAGGUGGUGUCUUAGCCAUAUCCCUCGCAAAAUUCCUGCCUUGCCAGAAGGGGUUACCCAGACCCGCUUCCUCCGUCGAGGAGAAGCCUAAGCGUGUCACCUCCUUCUCAGGGGUACACGUAAGGAAAUAUUACCCGCGACCAGCGGAAGAGCCCUAGCGCUUACGCUUGGAUCUUCAUCCGAGUGACGGGCGCUCGUUUUACGAGUCCCCAUGAGAGGUGGUGUCUUAGCCAUAUCCCUCGCAAAAUUCCUGCCUUGCCAGAAUGGGUUACCCAGACCCGCUUCCUCCGUCGAGGAGAAGCCUAAGCGUGUCACCUCCUUCUCAGGGGUACACGUAAGGAAAUAUUACCCGCGACCAGCGGAAGAGCCCUAGCGCUUACGCUCGGAUCUUCAUCCGAGUGACGGGCGCUCGUUUUACGAGUCCCCAUGAGAGGUGGUGUCUUAGCCAUAUCCCUCGCAAAAUUCCUGCCUUGCCAGAAUGGGUUACCCAGACCCGCUUCCUCCGUCGAGGAGAAGCCUAAGCGUGUCACCUCCUUCUCAGGGGUACACGUAAGGAAAUUUUACCUGCGACCAGCGAAAGAGCCCUAGUGCUUAUGCUCGGAUCUUCAUCAGAGUGUUGGGCGCUCGUUUUACGAGUCCCCAUGAGAGUGAUGUCUUAGCCACAUCCCUCGCAAAAUUCCUGCCUUGCCAGAAGGGGUUACCCAGACCCGCUUCCUCCGUCGAGGAGAAGCCUAAGCGUGUCACCUCCUUCUCAAGGGUAAACGUAAGGAAAUUUUACCUGCGACCAGCGAAAGAGCCCUAGUGCUUAUGCUCGGAUCUUCAUCAGAGUGUCGGGCGCUCGUUUUACGAGUCCCCAUGAGAGUGAUGUCUUAGCCACAUCCCUCGCAAAAUUCCUGCCUUGCCAAAAGGGGUUACCCAGACCCGCUUCCUCCGUCGAGGAGAAGCCUAAGCGUGUCACCUCCUUCUCAGGGGUACACGUAAGGAAAUUUUACCCGUGAUAAGCGGAAGAGCUCUAGUGCUUAUGCUUGGAUUUUUAUCCGAGUGUCGGGCACUCGUUUUAUGAGUCCCCAUGAGGGGUAAUGUCCUGCCCACAUACCAUGAGGGGCAACUCCCUCGCGAAAUUCCCUGCUUUGUCAGAAGGAGUCACACAGAUCAGCUUCCUCCGUUAAGGAGAAGCUUAAAACGUGUAACCUUUUUCCAAGG